AGAGCAGCAGAUGUUUCACCGGGAGCUGUACUCCUCCUGUGUCUGAAGGAGUGCAUGCUUCACUGGAGGAUCUAAUCAAUAAAAUAAACUCCUCAUGACUACACACAGCUGGUUCUCACACCGCAGAACCUCAGAAGCACAGAACCCUCCAUCCUUCACUCAGUUCUCAUCUGAAAUAUGACGUGUGCACUUUGCUGCCUCGCUCUGCUGCCUCUUUUACUGGGACUCACUUUGGUGGAUGCCAAGGGAACAUUCUAUGGAAACCCCUACAGAUUUAAUCUGUACAAGGCUGGUGCUGGGCCACAUUUUAACCCAGGCAAACCCAUGACUCGCCACAAAAACCACUGUGCCUACAUUGUCCAGAAGAACAUCACUUGCACCAUUCAGGAUGGAAUGACCACCUACGUUAAGGCGGAUUACACCAUCAAGUGCAUCUGGGGACAGAAGUGUCCUGUUGUGAUGUAUCGGACAUUCUUCAAACCUACCUACAAAGUUGGCCACAAGACAGUAACAGAACUGGAAUGGCGUUGCUGCCCAGGCUACUCUGGAGAACACUGCUUUGAUGGCCCUACACCUGGCCCAGACUCCAUCAUGCCACCAUUCAAGGGCUCCAUUCAUGGACCCAGACCUGGAAUGAAGGGUUUCCCAUGGGGUUACAACAAGAUACCAAUCCCUGGGUCAGGGCUGGAACCAGGCAAGCCUCUUUUCCCUGGAGGUCAUCAUGAUAAUGUACAAACCGGACAUGUGCCUUCAGCAGGUCCAAGAAUGGGUGUCUCUGGCGAGCGUCUAGACCGUAUAGAGGAGGAUCUCAGGGGGCUUUCACGUGGUUUGGAGACACUGAAUGGUCUGAUCUCUGGCCUAGAGGAACGUCUCCGUGUCUCUCUCCGUGAGGACACUACCAAGAUGGUGAGCACCCUGCUAGGUGGGGCUCCACGCCAGCCAGACUCUUCAGUGGGCUUUGCUGUCAUCCCUGAUGGCUUGCCAGACACUACAGAGGGCAGUGAGAGUUUCCCAGUCCUUGGUGAGCUGGUGGGAAGGGUGACAGAGGUCAAGGAUGAGCUAAGGAUCAAGAGUCAUAUGCUGGAUGAGAUUCAUGGCAUGGUAAUGGGCCAUGAUGGACAGCUGAAGAGGCUGAUGGAGGUGCCAACUGGGGGCAUCCAGAAGUUACUGGAGAAGCUCUUGGAUGAAAGGCUGGCUGGUAUCAGGGCGCAGAUCCUGGAUGGAUUUGAAAGAAGAUUAAGUGGCCUGGAAAAUCACUGCAAUGAAAAGAUUGGACAGGUUCAGAAGAAUUGCCAUAAGGAAUACUUGAAUGGCCAGGAGCAGAUCCAGCAGUCCUUGGAUGGCCGUGAGACAGGCCUGAGGAAGGAGCUGGGAGAUCUUCAGGCUCAAAUCCAGGGUCUGACAGUGACCACAGGCUGCUGUGGUCAGAUAAACGAUCUCUCCCAGCGAACCUUGCAUCUGGAAGAGUCCAUUAAGGGUCUGACAGAGUCUCAGAGACAACAGACUGCAGUGAGUGAGCGAACAAUCCACUUGGAAACGAUUUUGGACACUCGUUUACGAGAUGUUGAGGGCCGUCUGAACAUCACAGAGCAUGGCAAGACAGAGUCAGAUGUCCUGGAUGGAGGAAUGGGAAUCUUGGAUGGAUUUAAAACCGUUUGGGAGGACAAACUGAAAAGCCUGGAGGAGCGUGUGUUUGUGGCUGUGGAGGAAUUGAGUAACGCCACAUCUCCAGCACUACUGGAAGGCCAGGUGGUGCCAGCAUUAGGGACAGAGAUUGAGAACAUCCGUAGACGUAUGGAAGCUGGUUUGGAUGGUUUCCAGAAGCAAUUAACAGAUCUUGAGCUUCUUUGCACUUCAGCUUGCUCUCCAGCAUCCAGUCCUGAUGUAGCACUCAUCCAAACGGAGAUGGAAGACUGCAAAGAUAUGGAAAAGAAGAUUUCAGGGCGUCUAGACACACAUGCUAAUAUGUUGGACCAUCUAAACGGUACCUUGCAAGGACUUCUGGUUCAGCUUGCUCAAGAGGACCAAGAGGGUUCAAUACAGGGUGAGAUCACACUCCUCAAGAUUAAUGUCAACUCCGUAAACCGCACCCUAAAGGGGUUGAGAGAUUCCAUGCACCUGUUCACCCAUGAAAUGAGUCACGUUAACUCAACCUGGCAGGAACGCCAGCAGCGGUUGGCCACGCAAGUGCAUGGCAUCGCUGAGCUGGUGGGCCAGCAGGGGGCACUGCUUGGGGCUGGAGAGCGCAGAUUGGUGCAGCUGAAGGGUGAGUUGCAGGGAUUGAGGCGGAGGCUGUCUGGGGAACUGCAGGGCUGCCGGGGAACAGUGUUGGACGCUCAUCGUGAGGUCUUGGGAGUUGAAAGCCGUAUAGCCCAGGUGGAAGGCCAGUGUAGCAGCCUGGGAGAGCUUGCUGAUCAGCUGGAGAGGAUUCGUGCAGAACUCGAGAGCCAUUCAGACAGCUACCUGGCACAGGUCAAUGGCACCCUCACUAGCCACACCCAGCAGCUUGCACAGCUCAAAAAUGGACUCCAGGAGUGCGUAAACAAGACGGUCCAGUAGACACCUGAAUACAGAAACACUUCAAGACCUGAUUGUACAAACUGAGAUGUUUCUCCUUAUGGUUUUAUCAACAGGGCAUUGUUUUUCUACUUCUUCCUUCAUCAUCUAGACUUUCCUCUUUGUUUUUGUAUUUUUUUACAUUACAUAUUGUUUCUAACCAGUGUGUUAACUUAAAGAAAAAACUUGACGACGGUGUUAUAUAUUGUACAGUUUAGCCCACCAGUUCCCCAUCCCUGAACUCCUAAUUUGCACAGUUUUCCCUGCUGUAGCACAUAUAAUUCAACUGAUCUUCUAAUCACAAGUAGGUGCUUCCUACGCUGAAGAUGGGGGAAAACUCUUGAACUCUUGAAUUUUGAGAUCUUUAAAUUUGGAAAAUAUCAGAUUUAUGGAAUGAUAUAUCGGAUUUAUAAGCUGCUCCACUCUCAUCUCAUGUUUCUUUCAUUCUGUCUAUUUUUAAAUUACUGUGUGUCAACAUUAUGGUGCUAAACAUAAAGUGUGAAAUUAUGUGUAUGUGGAAAUCUCAUCUCAUCUCAUUAUCUGUAGCCACUUUAUCCUUCUACAGGGUCUCAGGCGAGCUGGAGCCUAUCCCAGCUGACUACGGGCGAAAGGCGGGGUACACCCUGGACAAGUCGCCAGGUCAUCACAGGGCUGACACAUAGACACGGACAACCAUUCACACUCACAUUCACACCUAC